AGAUGUAGACUAACAAAACCCACCGCCCACUUUCUCUGCAACUUCGCUUAGUCAGAGUACUGAAACGGAGAAGUCAAACGUCAUUUGAAUUGUUCCCCUGUUUUGGUCAUGUAGUGGGAACAUAAAAAUCAUAUUAUAUGUAUUGUAAUACCAAUAAAUUUUUUUAAAAAAUAUUAUUACCAUUGGCAUGAAAUGAACCUUUUUUUUCUUCUUUCUCUGAUUCGUUUGUUGAACUAGAUUUAAUGUUCACUUGAAGUCCGGAUGAGACAGAGAGAGAAAAGAGCCCCAAUUCAUUGCUGACCUGCUUUUUUCUGAUCUGCUCCUCUGGGUUCCAAAAGAUCUCUCAGUUUUUCUCUGAAUAUACGUACCCACUAAGAUCUUUGAAGAAGGUCGUAGCUUUUAAUUUGUAUCAACAGCCAUAUUCACAUAAGAAGUGGAAUAUAAUUUAUCAAUAGAAAUAGAUAAUUAUUCUGGCAUUUGGAUUUCCAUCUACCAGUUUAGGGGGUUAAAUGUCAUUCCGCAGCAUAGUUCGUGAUGUUAGGGAUGGUUUUGGAAGCUUAUCCAGGCGGAGUUUUGAUGUCAGGCUUACAGGCCACCACAGGGGGAAAUCGCAUGGUUCAUUUCAUGAGUUGCAUGACCAACCUUUUUUGGUAGUUCAAAACAGCCGUUGGGCCAACCUCCCUCCAGAGCUACUUUUUGAUGUAAUCAAGAGGUUGGAGGAGAGUGAGAGUACAUGGCCUGCUCGGAAGCAUGUUGUUGCGUGUGCUGCCGUUUGUAGGUCAUGGAGGAGUAUGUGCAAAGACAUUGUUACAUGUCCAGAGAUCUGCGGGAAGCUUACUUUUCCUGUUUCCCUUAAGCAGCCAGGGCCUCGUGACGGAACUAUUCAAUGCUUCAUCAAAAGGGAUAAAUCUAAGUUAACAUACCACCUUUUCUUGUGUCUUAGCCCAGCUUUGCUUGUUGAAAAUGGGAAAUUUCUACUUUCUGCAAAAAGAACUAGGCGAACAACUUAUACAGAGUAUGUUAUAUCAAUGGAUGCCGAUAACAUUUCAAGAUCAAGCAGUACUUAUAUUGGAAAGCUGAGAUCAAAUUUUCUUGGCACGAAAUUCAUAAUAUAUGACACACAGCCUCCACAUACUUGUGCUCAUAUCCCCCCACCAGGGCGCUCAAGCCGUAGAUUCUACUCUAAGAAAGUCUCUCCAAAAAUCCCAAGCGGCAGCUACAACAUAGCGCAGAUAGCAUAUGAGCUCAAUGUGCUUGGGACACGAGGGCCACGAAGGAUGCACUGUAUCAUGCGCUCAAUUCCUGUGUCAGCACUUGACACAGGUGGCACGGUGCCCGGUCAACCGGAGCUACUCCCCCGCCCUCUGGAGGAUUCUUUCCGGAGCAUUUCUUUCUCUAAGUAUUUUGAUCAGUCUGUUGAGUUCAGCAGCUCACGAUUUUCUGAAAUUGGUGGGACAAGCAAUGAGGACGAUGAUGGCAAGCUGAAACCUUUGAUCCUCAAGAACAAGGCCCCUAGAUGGCAUGAACAGUUACAAUGUUGGUGCUUGAAUUUUCGAGGGAGAGUAACUGUUGCAUCUGUUAAGAACUUUCAGUUGAUUGCCGCUGCACAGCCACCUGCCACUACUCAGCCAGCCGCUGGUGCAUCAGCAGCAACUUCUCAGCCAGCCCAACCGGAGCACGACAAAAUAAUUCUGCAAUUUGGCAAGGUUGGCAAAGAUAUGUUUACCAUGGAUUAUCGUUAUCCGCUGUCUGCAUUUCAGGCUUUUGCAAUCUGCUUGAGCAGCUUUGAUACCAAAUUGGCUUGUGAAUAAUAGGAAAGAAUGAACAGUAGGGUGAAACAAACCAGAGAAAAAAAAAAAAAGCGAUCCUAACGCGUUUUCCUAUCUUCGAGCUCUUGUUUACUUUAACUCUUCAUCUCAUGUCAUUAGGAUAGGAAAUUGUUGUUAAUGUAAUUUAGUUGUUGUUUGUUGUUGUAGAACUUCAUUCAUAAUUUUAGUGUGGUUCGGAUUAAAGGGACCUUAGCAUUGUAAAACUCAUUCUUGUUCACUUUGUCUUUGUUGUCAAUGUGUUCAUUUUAUAUUUUACUUUUGAA